AUUGCGCGAUACAAGUAGCAACGGGAUAUUUUCGCGUUUUCCUCGCUCUACCGCCACGGGAGGAAGCUGCUCUUUCUAACAUGGACAUGCAAGCCUCCCGUCGCCGAGGUCGUGUGGCCGGCCGUGACAAGCCGGCGCCGCUGGAUCUCAGCCAUCACUACUCUGCCGUCACCAAGCGGCGGUUUGCCUUCAAGCUCAAAGAAUUAUACAAGUUCUUUCAGAUCCCGGGGGUUCUGAACACGGCCGGCGGCCUUCCGCACGUCGACUACUUCCCUUUCGAUACACUAGAAGCGCAAACAGCAAAGCCUGAGAGAUGGACGCCGUCACCAAACCACCCCGGCGAGUCUGCAGCCUCGUCAACACCGUCGUCGUCGUCAUCACCCACGGAUCCCGCAGCUGCCGCCCACAUUUCGAUCCCUAAGAGGUUGGAUGAGAGCGACCCGCUGAAGAAGAUCGACCUUGCGACGGUGCUCCAGUACGGACUCGCUGCAGGCUACCCGCCGCUGCUGUCGUGGGUGCGCCAAUUCACGCGCGAGAAUCUCCACCCCGACGCCCCUUACCAGGGCGGUCCCGAAGUGAUUUUGACCUGCGGCUCGACCGACGGCUUCUCCAAGACACUGGACUUGUUCGUCGAUCAGUGGACCGAGGGUGUCAACGACAUCCGCGACCGGCCGGGCCUCCUCUGCGAGCCGUUUGUAUACAGCAACAUCCUCAGCCAGGCCCAGCCCCAUGGCGUGCAAAUUGUUCCCGUCAAGGCGGAUGCGUCGGGCAUGGCUGUCGAUGGGCCAGGUGGGCUGGAAGAUGUCCUGGCCAACUGGGAUCCCGCCAAGGGAAAGCGGCCACAUCUGCUGUACACAGUCACACUUGGCCACAACCCCACGGGUAUCGUCCUCUCAAUGGAGCGGAGGAGGGAAAUUUACGCCCUCUGCAGCAAGUAUGACGUGAUCAUCGUUGAGGAUGAGCCUUACUGGUAUCUGCAAUUCCCCUCCGCAGCCAUCGAAGAAGCCAAGUCCCGCGGCACCCCUGCUCCUCCGCCUCCCCCCGACCAUCACCCCGGCCAUUCCUCCUCCUCCUCUUCUAGCGGCUACCCCUUCAUCGAUUCGCUCGCCCCCUCUUUCGUCGCCAUUGACACAGAUGGUCGCGUCAUCCGCCUGGACACCUUCUCCAAAACCGUCGCCCCCGGCUGCCGCCUCGGCUGGAUCACCGCUCAGCCUGCCGUGAUUGAGCGCUUUGAGCGCGUCACGGAGUGCACCACCGCACAGCCGUCGGGCUUCGUCCAGGGCCUCAUCUCGGAGCUCGUCCUGGGCGCCUCCAAGCAGAACCAGCUCGCCAAAUCCGCCUUCUCCCGCCUCCUCUCCUCCUCCUCCCGCGACGACCGGGCCGCCGCCGCCGCCGCCUUCACCGGCUGGGACACCUCGGGCUGGGUGCGCUGGCUCGAGGGCCUGCGUGGCGCCUACGAGCGGCGAAUGGCGCGCAUGUGCCGCAUUCUCGACGCCGGCGCGACCCUUAUCACCACCUCCCCCGUCGAUCCCUCGCCGUCGGACGACGACUCGGAGUGGUCGCCCCUCGCCGUCUCCAAGACGACGCUCUACUCUUUCCGCUGGCCCCGCGGCGGCAUGUUCAUCUGGGUGCGCAUGCACCUCGAGUCCCACCCGCUAUGGAUGGCGUCCGGUCCGAACCCGAGGUUCCCCGUUCUGGACGGCCCCGCGCUGGCGGGCGCCCUGAUGGUGUACUUGACCACCAAGCCGUUCCUCGUGCUGGUUUCGCCCGGGUCCGUGUUCAGCGCCAAUGACGAGAUUCGGAAAGCCGAAGGGUGGGCGUACUAUCGGAUCUGUUUUGCCGCCGAGGCGGAGGAGAGGGUCGGACUAGCAGCCAAGAGGUUCGUUGAGGGCGUGAGGCGGUUCUGGGAGGUGACCGAUGUGAAGCUGGUGGAGAAGCUGCUCGAAGAGCUGGGCCCUAGCGGGCAGGUCGAUGCGCUGGACGAUGAGGUAUAUGGGCUGCUGACUUCUCCGUGCCAGUUAUAGCGUUGAGGCGAGGGAACUGGAGGUUGUGUUUGUUUUGCGUGUAUACGGGUUAU